AGCCUCCCUAUCCAAGAUCGAGCAUGUAAAUAAUUAGAAGGUCGGUUUUCCUGUUCAGUAACCUAAUAAACUCUUUGGUUUGGAUAAUUCUUUUGUAACAAAAGAUCUUUAAUCUUAUUAUCAUUUUUUGUUGGAAUUUGUUUCCCCAAAAUCUCAUCGCCUUGUGUGAUUCUUCAAUCGCGUCCCUUAGAUUUUUUUUUUUCAACAUUUGUCUUCUAGUUUAAUUUCUUAGAUUUUAAAAGGUUGAUUGAUGGAUCCAGAAGACCCUUCGCUCACAGAAGACUUUGAGAGUGUUUAUAAUGGCCGAAAUGCUAUUCUUUUUGUAGUGGAGGUUUCUCCUAGUAUGCUGGAACCAGUGGAUGAGUUUACUCCUUGUUCUCUGCAAAUGGCUUUGAUAUGUGCAUACCAGUUGGCAGCACAGAGGGUGAUUACAAACCCAAACGAUGUGAUGGGAAUUUUAUUAUAUGGGACUGAAUCAUCUACAGGCAGGUUUGAGAACCAGCAAAUCCUUUUGGAUUUAGAUCCACCUGAUGCUGAACGUCUUAAAAUAUUACAGACAUACCAAAAAGAAUUUGAUUCGUACAAAAAGAACUUCAAACCUUGCUCGUCCCAAGUUUCUUUGUCAAACGUACUUUACCAUGCAAGUGUUCUAUUUACCACCAAAGCUCAAAAAUACGAAAAGCGACUGUUUCUAAUCACCGACAAUGAUCUCCCUGCUUGGAACGAGAUGGAAAAAGGAAUUAUACUUCAAAGAGCUCAGGACUUGAAGGAUCUGGAGGUGCAAGUAAAUCCAAUAUUUUUGGAUCCUCCUACCAAUUCUUUCCGAGUGAAUGUUUUCUAUUCAGAUUUUCUAUACAUCAUUUAUGAUCGCCAAGAUGUUUCUAAUCUGGUUAACAGGGGUCAAUCCCAGUUACAAGGUAUGCUGAAUAUGAUAACUGCUCUUCAAAAGCCAAAGCGAGCUCAUUUUCAUCUGGAAAUGGAUUUGGGGAAGGGUGUGAGAAUCGAAAUUCAAGUUUACAUUCUACUAAAGAGAUUGGAGUCUGUCAAAACUAGCUGGGUAUAUGCCAAAGGAGAACGUCUGGCAAUAGCUACUCCACAAAGCAAGCAAGUAAGCUUUGAUACAAAAAAAGAACUCAAAAGAUCAGAAAUAAAAAGAUCGUUUACUUAUGGUGGAUCUUCCAUCGUAUUUGAUCCCGACAACUUAGCGGAAAUUCGGUCAUUUGGACAACCUGUGUUACGGAUUAUAGGAUUCCGGGAUGCUUCGACUCUUAAACCUUGGCAUUCCUUAAAACCAGCAAUCUUUAUCCGACCAAUCGAAAAUACAAUCCGAGGUGGAGGAGCUGUAUUUUCAGCAUUGCAUAAAAAGCUUCUUAAUUCAAACAGCAUUGGGAUCGCUUGGUUUAUCGCACGACCAAAUUCUAAUCCUAGUUUUGUGGCCAUGAUUCCAACUGGAAGCUCAACCCAUAUAAGAAAAGAUUUUGAGCUUCCAGUCGGGAUUUUUUUACUUCAACUGCCAACAGCCGAUGACAUUCGGAGCCUUCCUGGUAAUCCGAAUCCUCAGUCUCUUCCACCAAAUUCCAUUGAGUCAAUGCAAAAUAUUCUUCGAGGGAUGGAACUUCGGGCGUAUGAACCGGGAAGAUACAACAAUCCUACUUUGCAAUGGCAUUAUAAGGUAUUGCAGGCAUUAGCACUCGACGAUGAAAUUCCAAACGACUUUGUCGAUACGACAUUACCCAAAUACAAAGCGAUACAGAAGCGAGUUGGAAAUUCUAUUCGGGAAUUCAAUGAGAUUCUUAACCAAAGCAAUGAUGAUACUUCAACAAUGAAAAAUGAAGAGGAUUUAGAUAUGAAUACAGUUUCUUCACUUAAACGGAAACGCGAAGAAACUACUGAAAAGUCAUUUGCGUUGGAGGAUUCUCAGCUAAAAAAAUUGCAUGACAGUGGAACUCUAGAAAAAGAAUUAAAGGCUUUGAAGGUUCCCCAACUAAAAGAGAUAUUAAGAGACAGAAGUUUACGAUCUACAGGGAAAAAAGCAGAUUUAGUUACAAAUUUGGUUGCUUAUGUUGAAAAAUUGUAAUCGCUUCCGUUGACUACAUGUGUUUUCUUAUGUAUAAUAGAUAGAUGAAUAUAAUGUUAACAAAAUUUACAGCA